AUGUCUGCGCUUAUACAGCGUCUGAUGGAGUUGGGGGAGGAGCCCUCAAACACACACCGCUUGACCACCUCCUCUGAACUCAACAACAAGGCAACAAAGGAUGAACUUGUAUCACAGGUAGUACAACUGCAAAACCAACUAGCCGAUCAAAAACGCAAAUACGAUGAUUUACUUGCAGAUGCCACCAAACUACGAUCAGAGUAUGAUGCCUAUCGUCGCAUGGCGGAACGAGAAAAGCGACAAUAUGUGGAACAGCGUUCAGAGGAUAGACGCAUGUUGGAUGAAUUGCGACGUGCGGGGGCUUCUGGAAAAAUGGAUGAGACGUACGUGCGGGAGACGGAGGCGAAAGUGGCGGAUCUGCAGGAUCGACUGCGCAAGGCAUUAGAAGAAGUGGAGCGAACAUACAAGCGACAACUCGAGGCGGAGCAUGCACGAGUGGCGGCGGAAACGGCAAAGAAGGAUGAAGUGCAGGAACUCUGUCAGCAGUUUGAACGAUUUAAGGAAACCAUGCGGCAGCGAAAUGAACAGUUGGAACAACAGUUAAGUGAAGCACGGAAGGCUGUGGUGGUUUCUACUGCCUCUUCUCAGCUUUCAUCCACACAGCAGGAUAAGGCACUAACAGCAGUAUCUAAUGGUGGGAGUGAAGUAAAGGAAGAUGAGAUACCGAGUGGAGCUGGUGUUACGGUUAAUGAUGAUGUAUCACAUCUCCAGGCACUUUUAUCGGCGGCAUCACAGCGUGAAAAGCAGUUGCAAACGGAACUGGCUGCAGAACAGACUCGUUAUCAACGUCAAGUUGAGGAAGCCAAUUGGGAAACGAUGGAAGCAGGUAAAAAAAUUGCAGAACUAAGAACUGAAAUAGACACAUGGCGUUCAAAAACAUCACAGUUGGAAAGCGCAUUGGAGUCUAAAGGGGAAGAACAUACAUUGAAAGAGAGAGACCUUCGGCAUAGUCUUCGACAGGCUGAAGAUAACGUAGCACGACUGCAGCGUGAAUUACAGGAUGUGAAGGAGACGGCAGAAAAUAAACGUCAAGAGUAUGAACAUGCCCUUAUACGCGAACGUGAGGCGGUGGCAAAACGAACUGUAAUGGCAGAUGAGGCGGAAUGUCUGACGAAGAGUGUUAAUGAAGCUAUGCAAGAGCAACGAGUACACUAUGAACGUCUCUUGCAUGAACGUGAAGUGGCAUUGCAGGAACAACAAGGUAUAUGUCGAGCAUUGGAGGCUGCGCUGCGGGAAUCACGUGAAGAUAAACAUCAACAAACAGAUCGCAUGGAUGAUCUUCGUCAGGAGUUGGACCAAUGUCAACAUACGAUCAGUGAACUUGAACUUAUGCAGGCACAAAGUCAACGAUUAAUUGCCCUACGCGAGGAGGAAGUCAUGUCAAAGGAAGGAGAGAGACAAAAACUGAGACGACUCUUACGUGAAGAAGAAGAGGCCCAUCACCGUACCCGUCAGCGUAUGGUAGAGUUAGAAACACAACAAAGUGAAACAGAGCUUAUCAGUGCAAGACAUGCAGCUGUUACAGAGGAAACCUCUAAUAGACUUGUAGCUCUUGAACGGGAGUGUAAUUCUGCACGUGGUUUGGUAGAAGUACAGCAGUCACAAUUGCAAACAAAGGAGCAGACAAUACGUCAACUACAAUUACAACUGGAUGAAUUAAUUGCCCAAAGUGCGAAAUUUGCUUAUUAUCGUGAAGAACAAGCGGCUAAAGCUCGACAGUUUGAGGGUCGUAUUCGUGAACUAGAAGCAGAGAGGUCAGCCAGUGUUAUUCAACAAUUGCAAACGGAAAACUUUUCAGCUCAACCAAUCUUUAGUACGGCACCUUUACCAAAUGUUGGAAAUGCAUCAAACAAUAAUACAUCAUCUCCAUUUGAAUUAUUAUAUGCUGCCCCAUCUGAGCGUGUAAGACAACAAUUUGUUUCAGAAGCCGUUAUGUCAGCUCGUAAAUUGCGUCUUGCUGCAUCAUCUCGUCUUCGAAAAGUUGUACUGUUCUCUAUGGCAUGUAUUCUCAUUGUAAUUCUUACAGCUAGUUAUUUUACGGCCUCACCUAAUGCUAAUUCCGUUGGGGCAAUGGAUGCAGCUAUAGAUUCACUUCAACAGCGGUAUACAUCGGCAUCUGAAGCGUUGAAAAAGUGUCAAGCGAGUCUUGCCAUGUGUAGUAAAAAAUAA